UCCUUCCCUUCCCCCCACAUCUGACACAAUUGCCCUCUCGGACGUCCUUUCUCUCUUCGCCGCUCCGGUGCCCCUGAAAUAUAGACAGCGCGGUGUAGACGUGGUCGCAUCAAUUCCCCCCCUCAGACAGCCACGAUGGACUACUCCGCCAUCUCGCACGAUCCCGAUCAUCCUGCAGGCACCUCGCCUUGGGCUUCACCUAGACCGACGCAACCUACUUUUUCUGCGACGAGCGAUAUCCCCUCGUCUCCGCUACCCCCGCAAGAGCAAUCCCCUUACGGCGCCGAUAGGGAGCCGCAGCCUGCCGACGGGUCGGGCGCCAGAGAGGAUGGCUUCGGCUCCCCUAACCUGUCCGGUCAACUACAAAACACACAUCUUGGCCCCAAUGCUGGGGAGCAACCGCCGUAUGGCGCUCAGCAACAACAGCCCCAGACUCAACACCCUCGAUCCCAGAUCCCCGCUCGUUACCAGACAGGGCCCAGACAGAAUGCCCGACCUGCGGCCCCAGCCUACAGAAUCCAGGCCAAGAUUACCGGGCUAGAGCGAACUGGCAAGAAAGAUCCUAUCCUGCGCUUUGACGUUCACACCAAUAUCCCCAAGUUCAGGACCACCCAAUACCGGGAUGUUCGACGCACCCACAGCGAGUUCGUGAAGCUUGCUGAUCACCUCAUCUCCGCCAAUCCCGAGACCUUUGUACCCGCCGUACCAUCCCCCUUGACGCCGGCCGGUGCUGGAACCGAAGAGGACGAGAACCGGGUUAAAGCCUCGAUGCAGCGGUGGCUAAAUGUGGUCCUGAGUAACGAGGUCCUGAUCCAUGAUGACGAGGUGACCUUAUUUGUGGAGAGCGACUUCGGUUACAGCCCUGUGGUCCGCAUGAAGCAGCCCGCCACCGGUGUUCGGAGGAAGGUCUUGAAGCAAUUUGCCCCGCCUCCGGAUGACACCCCGGAACUACAGAAUGCCCGGCCUACUGUGAAGAUGUUUUACUUGGGUGCUAUGGAUGCAAGUCACAAGGUUGAUCGUGUGGUCAAGGGCCGGAGAGGAUUGGGUCUGGCCGAGUCGGAUCUUGGCGUCAAGCUGGGCCAGAUGCAUGUGCAGGAGACCCACCCAGGACUGGCGAAUGCUUACCGGAAGCUCGGGAAGAUUAUUCAAACCGUGGGAGAUUUCCAUGCUGUCCAGGCGACCGCGGAGGCUACCACGCUGGGAGACCCGCUCAGCUACCACUCCUCGGACGCCUUUAUCGUCAAAGAGACUCUCACAAAUCGUCAUAUCCUGCUGCGUGAAUUGGUUCAAGCUCAACAGGCCGCCCGCAGCAAACGUGCUGCUGCCGACCGGCUGAAGGUCAGCUCUUCCGUGCGUUCCGACAAAGUCGAUGAGGCUAUCAACGCGCUGGAUGAAGCGCAAAGGCACGAGGACUACCUCACGAAGAGGACUCAGCGGGUAACGUCGAAUCUGCUGCUGGAGAAACAGCGCUGGUUUGAGCGCACAUCGAGUGACCUGCUUGCCAGCCUGCGCGAGUACACUCUCCGUCAGAUUGAGUCGGAGCGCCGCACGCUGGCGACCCUCGAGAGCGUCCGACCCGAUAUCCGGGCAAUUGAUGCCUCUGGAGGAUUGAGCCGUCUGGGCCGUGAAUCUCACCCUGCCGCACGACGACCGAAUCUGGGCUCGAGCCAAGGUCCCAAGGGCGACGCAUGGAGUGGAAUCCCCCGUCGCAGCGAUAGUCUUGGGCGUAGCAUGAGCGGCAGCAUUGUCGCGCCUCCGCUGGACGAUGACGAAGAAACGAACGGCAGUGGAAGUGGCAAGGGACGACUGCGCUCGGCCAGCGGGGUGAGUUCGAUUGCUGAGGAGGACGAUGAGGACCGAUUGGACGCGCGCAAUGCGGCGAGUCGCCUAGCCACGAGUACCUUUUAAGUCACUCUUGUAAAUUAUGAGCAUAUUUCGUAUGCGAGAUUCCCCUUCGACCAUGGCUUUUUUGUUCCUGUUCUCUAUUACAGCAUGUUUGUAUGGAAUUUUCUGUGUAUGUGACAGUCGUGUCUGUAACUCUUCAAUUAUUUAACCGUGAUUCUAUCUGUCUGUGUUGACCCC